AUGGCUUGGUACUUAACAUGGUCUUGUCAGAUUUUCUGCCUCCUGUUAUUGCUCUUGCAUUCUCAGUGUUCUGCAAAACUUUGUUCUCACGACCAAAGUUCUGCAUUACUCCAGUUUAAGCAACUCUUUUCCUUGAAGAAGCUUUCACCAUCUUCCGCUUGUGAUAAAAUGGUUCCUUCUUAUUCAAAAUUGAUGUCCUGGAAAGAGGAUAAGGAUUGCUGCUUAUGGGAUGGGGUAACAUGUGAUACGGUGACUGGUCAUGUGAUUGAGCUUGACCUUAGUUGCAGUUGGCUUUAUGGCAGCAUCCCUUCAAACAGUAGCCUAUUUUUCCUUCCUCACCUGCGAAGGCUAAAUCUUGCUUUCAAUAACUUCAAUUCCUCUCAGAUUUCUUCAGCUUUUAAUAAAUUCCCCAGUUUGAGGCUCCUUAACCUCUCUUCGUCCAACUUUCAUGGUCAACUUCCUUCCGAAAUCUCUCACCUCACUAAAUUGAUUUCACUUGACCUCUCUCACAAUCAUUUGAGACUUGAAACACCUGUUUUGUAUGGUCUAUCUCAAAACCUAACAGAGUUGAAAGAACUCAUUCUUGAUGAUGUAGACAUGUUUACCGUAGUACCUAGUUUCUUGGUAUCUAGUCUUCAGAAUCUAGUUAGCAUUGAUUAUCAUGAUAACUUACUCAAUGGGACUAUACCAUCAGGGCUCUUUAUUCUGCCAUUAUUGGAGUUCAUGGACCUCAGUUAUAAUCAAUUUGCUGGCUGUAUUCAUGAAUUUCAGAAUAAUUCUUUGCGAGAAAUCAAUUUGAGUAAUAAUCGGUUGUCUGGCUCAAUUCCAAGUUCAAUUUUUGAACUUGUGAAUCUAAUUGAUCUCGAACUUUCUUCAAACAAUCUGAGUGGCAUUUUAGAGCUUUACAUGUUUGCAAAACUCAAAAACCUUGAAACACUUGCUCUUUCUCAUAACAAUCUGUCAUUGAGCACCAUGUUCAAGGCAAACUCUUCCUUUCUCCGAAUUCACUCUUUGAAAUUAUCCUCAUGCAACUUGAGUGAGUUCUCAGACAUCUUUAGACGUCUAGACAGAAUAGAAUUUCUAGACCUCUCAAACAAUAAGAUCCAAGGCCAAAUUCCCAGCUGGGUUUGGAACAUGGGAACUGAUACUUUGAAUUUUCUAAAUCUUUCCCACAACUUCUUGACUGUCAUAGAGAAGAUUCCAUGUAAAAACCUUGAAUAUCUUGACCUUCAUUCCAAUUUGCUUGAAGGAUCACUUCCAGUUCCCCCAUCUGACUUGAAAGUCUUUUUGAUCUCCAACAAUACAUUGAUUGGAAAGAUUCCGCAGUUAAUCUGCAACAUGAGUCUCAUUCAAAUUCUUGAUCUUUCCAAUAACAAAUUGAGUGGCAGAAUUCCAGAAUGCAUAGGAAACUUCAGCAACAAUCUCAGCGUGUUGGAUUUGCGACAGAAUAGAUUUUAUGGUACCUUACCUGGGACAUUCAUGAAGGACAAUAAUUUGAGGACUCUGAACUUCAAUAACAAUCAAUUAGAAGGGACAGUCCCACGGUCUUUGAUCAAUUGUACAAUGCUUGAAGUAAUUGAUCUGGGAAACAACAAGAUACAUGAUGCCUUCCCAUAUUGGUUGGGAGAUCUUCCGGUGCUCCAAGUUCUUGUUCUGCAUUCUAAUAUGUUUUAUGGUUCCAUCACCCAUUUUGGCGAGAAAGUUUCUUUUCCUCAGUUGAGAAUUUUUUAUCUCUCAAGCAACAGUUUUACUGGUUCUUUGCCAACGAGGUAUUUUGAAAAUCUGAACACUAUCAUGAAUGCUGGUGAAACUGAAAAGAAGCUGAAAUAUAUGGGGGACACUUAUUAUUGA